UUGAGCUUUGAUUUGAUCCAAGCUAACCCACCAGCCAUGGCGGAGGUUGUACAGCUCCACCACCUCAUCUUGCUUCUGCCGCUGUUCAUCCUCCCCUUCCUCCUCCUCCGUUCGUCGCGCCGCCGGCGUGGCGCCUGCGGCCGGCUACCACCGUCGCCAUGGGCACUCCCGGUGAUCGGCCACCUCCACCACCUAGCCGGGGCGCUCCCGCACCGCGCCAUGCGCGACAUUGCGCGGCGCCACGGCCCACUCGUGCUGCUCCGGCUCGGCGAGCUCCCCGUCGUCGUCGCCUCCUCCGCGGACGCCGCGCGCGACGUCAUGAAGACGCACGACCUCGCCUUCGCGACGCGCCCCAUCACCCGCAUGAUGCGCCUCGUCUUCCCCGAGGGCUCCGAGGGGAUCAUCUUCUCGCCCUACGGCGAGACGUGGAGGCAGCUCCGCAAGAUCUGCACCGUCGAGCUGCUCAGCGCCAGGCGCGUCAAUUCCUUCCGGUCCGUCCGCGAGGAGGAGGUCAACCGGCUGCUCCGGGCGGUGGCGGCGGCCGCGGCGUCGGCAACCUCGCCGGCGAAGACGGUGAACCUCAGCGAGCUGAUGUCGGCCUACGCCGCCGACUCGUCUGUGCGCGCCAUGAUCGGGAGGCGGUGCAAGGACCGGGACAAGUUCUUGGCGAUGCUCGAGCGAGGGAUCAAGCUGUUCGUGACGCCGAGCUUGCCGGACCUGUACCCGUCGUCGCGCCUCGCCAUGGUCGUCAGCAGGAUGCCUCGCCGGAUGAGGCGGCACCGCGAGGAGGUGUUCGCGUUCUUGGACGCCAUUAUCGCGGAGCACCAAGAAAACAGAGCCUCCGGGGAAGAUGAGGAGGACUUGCUCGACGUGCUCCUGAGGAUCCAGAGAGAAGGUUGCAUGGAGUCCACUGUUAUCCACCGAAUCCAUCAGGACAACAAUUGGAGGAAGUACUCCCAUGAACACACAAAUAACUCAAAAAAAAGUACAAUCGUAAUUUCACGCGAAUAGCAAAUAUCAUCGCCAUCUAU